CUGGGAAGUGGAAUAUGGCGCCGACGUGAGCGCGAGCUCGCAUCGCGAAGAGGGUAGCCGCUGCUCAGCCGGAGCCCCUGGAGCCGCGUGAACAAGCGGCCGAGCUGAGUCAAGGAUGGAGGAGGAACCCUCGGGGCCCAGACCGGACAUGCCGGCCACUGCAGAGCCCAGCUCCAUUGAGACCAACAAGGAGGUGUUGUCCCCAGUUGUGGCUGCUACAGCCUCUUCCUCCUCCGUGGGGGAGGAGCCAGGCCCUGACCGGGAAGCCACACCCUCAGUGUGGGAACGUGGAGGACCUGGAGGGACACAACAGGGUGCCUCCUCAGCCCCAGACAGCUGCCAGCCUGGCCCUGGACCCAGCCUGGGCCCAACCAGCACAGUCUCCGGGACCAGCGAGGACCUGCGGCCUCCCAGACGACGCCCACCACCAGGGAAGCAAAUACCCUGCUCCAGCCCUGGCUGCUGCCUCAGUUUCCCCAGCGUUCGUGACCUGGCACAGCAUCUUCGUACCCACUGCCCACCCACACAAUCCCUGGAAGGCAAGCUCUUUCGCUGCUCAGCCCUGAGCUGCACCGAGACCUUCCCCAGCAUGCAGGAACUAGUGGCACACGGCAAGCUGCAUUACAAGCCCAAUCGCUACUUCAAGUGUGAGAACUGCCUUCUGCGCUUCCGCACGCACCGCUCGCUCUUCAAGCAUCUGCAUGUUUGCGCGGAGCAUGCGCAGAGCCCAGCCCCGCCGCCACCCCCUGCCCUCGACAAGGAGCCACCCGCGCCCGAGCGCCCCCCGGAGUCCGACCCUGCGUCGGCGCCCGGCCUGCAGUUCCCGCUCCUCGAGCCUUUCACGACCCCCGCUCCUGCCCCCACCGGGCCCUUCCUGCCCUACUUAAACCCCGCGCCCUUUGGCCUAAGCCCGCCACGCCUGCGCCCCUUCCUGGCCGCCGUGCCCGGGCCGCCAGCCUCCAGCGCCGCGGUCUGGAAAAAGAGCCAAGGCGCUGGCAGCAGCCCGCGAAGACCCCAGGGCGGCUCCGACGCGCCCUCAGGGCACGCGGCCCCGAGCCGCAUCGUGUGGGAGCACACGCGCGGCCGCUACUCGUGCAUGCAGUGCGCCUUCUCCACGGCCUCGCGGCCCGCCAUGACCCUGCACUUGGAGGACCACCGCCCCGGUGCUCCCGCGGUCCCGGCGCCCGGGCCGCCGCGCCCCGACGCCCCUGCGGACCCAGCCCCGCUUGCACCCAAGGUGUCGCCGCUGCUGUCGGAGGGGGAGCUUCCGGUUUACUCGCCGCUCUGAACUUCGCCGCCGCGUGGGGGGUGGGCCGUGGGGUAUGAGUAGUUUUUUAAUUUGGGGGGGGCAAUAAAGGAGGUGCGAUGA